UAUAUAUUUAUUUUAAUAGAAUAACACUCGCUUCUACUUCCUUUUUCUAUUUAAGAUAAAAUGCGCUUUAAGAAUUUAUGCAGUUUAUGUUGAAAUUUUAUCAACACUUAAAAAAUAUAGAUCGAGUUCAGUCAAAUUAGCGAACAGUUAAUACAGUUUUUGCGCUUCCCCAGGAAUAUUACUAUUUUUCGCGAAGAUCUUCCAUAAGAAUUCUCCAUGGAAGAUUAUAAAUACCUUUUCAAGGUAGUGUUAAUAGGAAAUGCUGGUGUUGGAAAAACAUGUCUUGUCCGAAGAUUUACACAGGGAUUGUUUCCACCUGGUCAGGGAGCUACUAUAGGAGUAGAUUUCAUGAUAAAAAGCGUUGAAAUUGACGGGGAUAAAGUUAAGCUGCAGAUAUGGGAUACUGCUGGCCAGGAGCGAUUCCGUUCCAUUACUCAGUCAUACUACAGAUCCGCAAAUGCUCUUAUUGUCGUUUACGAUGUUUGCUGCCAAGCAUCUUAUGACAGUCUUAUCCAAUGGAUAAAUGAAAUCGAAACUCAUACUAACAGCAAAGUGUUAACUUAUUUAGUUGGUAACAAAAUUGAUCAGAUAAAUCGCAGAGAAAUACCUACUACAAUAGGAGAACAAUUUGCAAAUCGUUAUGAGAUGACUUUCUUGGAAACAUCAGCAAAAGAAGCUGACAAUGUUGAAAAGUUAUUUUUUGAUAUUGCACGAGAACUGACGAAACAAGCUAAAGCUCAUGAACUUCGGCCUCAUAAUAACAAAGCGUUUCCCUCUGGGGAGACAACUCCAGUAUCUAGCUACAGUUGUUGUCAAGCUUAAAUUUUAUAUAUUGUUCUGAAACCUCCUCAAUCCAUCAGUUCUAUUAGACCCAAUAAGAUUUGUUUUUUAUGUUCCCUAAUUAUCAUUUACAAUGUCCUUUUUAUGUUAUUUCCUCACCUAAAAAUCCUGUUUAGAUGAGGAUUUCUGCAGGGAUGUCUGUUUGCCCUUCUUUUGAUAUAUGUAAUCUGGAGUGAAAUAUAUUUCUUAGCUGUAAUAUAAUAACUCCUUACUAAAGCUGUUUUUUUUUUUUCCACUGUGAUAUCUUGCCAGCAACCUAUUACUGAAAUUGCAUUGGUAUUAUUUGCUUCACAUUUUAGUAACAACAUAAUGAAAAAAACACAUCUGCUAUAUAUAUAGAUAUACAGAUAUACACAAACAUACUCAUAUACCACAUUAGUGCUAUUUUCAGUAUAGUAUCUAAAGGUACUAAGUUAUUUUGUAUCUCCUACUACUAAAUCUUAUUUAUAUGAUUCUUUUGAAUAUCUACACCUAACAAUAGGAAGCUGGCAUGUAUAACAAUUUAGAAAUAGUUGAUAAAAACUAAAUGAUGUUGCUUCAUUUAAAAGUUCUUGUAUAACUCAUGAAAAAUUUCUAUCAUUAAUAUAGAUUGUUAUAUUUUGACAGUGUGAAAUAACGACAGAAGGAUUGUGGUAAGUGGUUACUGAACUAUUGGUCGUGAGUUCAAAUAUUUGUGUUGUAAACUUGGAAAUGCAUAUGACUAGCUAGCAUGAAAGUGUGUAUUGCUCUCAUUAUAUGACACAAUAGCUAGAUAUUAAGGAGAGCAACCAGACAUGCAAAAAAAAAAGUUUUUUCUAAAGUAAUCAUGCACAUAAACAGUUGGAUUUGUAGACCUGACUACUUUGUCAUAAUGGAAAAAUAGGCACCGGAUGAAAAAUUUGUUAUGAGCAAAAAAAUGUAAUAAUUUACUCUUAAUUUAUAAUGAGUCUUUAAAAUAAGUUUUUUUUUUUUUUUUUCUGUUAAUAAUUUAGAAGUCUUAAAGGCCAUAGAGUGGCAGAAAUAGUAAAGUACUGAAAUAAUAAUAAAACAAAAAUAUAAAGUUUGAGGAAAGUAGUGAUGGUCUGCAUUAGGGGGAAAAAAACCCUUAAUAAAAUUCAAAGACUGGCUCUGUCUGAAAGAUCACAAUUCACCUGUUUUAUUUUUUAAAAAUUCCAUGACUCAACUAAAUACCUUGUAUUUAGUUACAUCCCUUUAUAUUCUGGGAUUGACUUUGCCUUUCAUACCUCUGGGAAUCAAUAAGCCAAGUACCAGUAAUGUAUUGUUGAGAGAAUUAAUCCCUUUUCAUACUAACUGGCCUGGAAUUGCCUCUGAUUUUAUGAUUCAAAUUAUCUAAUUCCAAAAUGUUCAUAUUUGAAUUAAUUAUAUAAAAAAGAUCCUUCCAUCAUAAUUUUAAGUUAGAAACAUUUGUUAUGCUAUGUUCCAAAAAUUAUCUUAAUAUUGGAAACGUGAUAAAAUUCCUUUUGCUAAAUUCUAGAUGGUUUUUCCAAUUAGUUGAAACGUGGCCUGUGUAUUUCAUGAGAAAUACAGUCAUGAGAGGAUUAAAUUAUUUACGAAUUUAUGGCUUGGUACCAAAUAAGAAAUCCAUUAUUAGAUAUUCUUAAAUUUUAUUUAUUUAUUUUUCAAAAUGAUUUACUUUUUUCCUUUCUAAGUCAAAUAUAUAAAAAUGAAAUUGUAAAUUAGCAAGAAUUAAAAGUCAAACAAGAGUACAAAUUCAAAAUGAAAAUAAAUGCAUUCCACAAUGUUUUCUUUUUCAGCUUUUUCUCUUUCUUUAAUUUUUUGUACGUUUAGCAAUGGAAGAGAUGAACAAGCUAUUUGUAAUUUAUAAACAGCAUACACUGGAAUCAAAAUGUUAAAAUGGUUAAAAUGGCACACAAUGUUUGUGGCUAAGUUGCUGGACUAUUAACCAGAUGGUUUUUUCAUUCAGAUCUUUCUACAGCAACUAGCCAUUAACAGUUUCUACCUCAGGAUUCACUGGUUAAGAGUAGGAAGAGCAUCCGGCUGUAUAAGUGUAUAUUCUUGGACAACAACAGCAACUGAAAAUGUCUCACUUAUGCCAGUAUAGAAAUUCUGAUGCAAAAUACCUCUCUCUCUCUCUCUUUCUCUCAUAUAUAUAUAUAUAUAUAUAGCACUACUGAUAAGAUUUUGCUUCAAGUCAGUAAAAUAUUUUCAUUUAAAAGCUAAUCAAAACUGAAAUAAUACUAAUAUCAAUUACACAGAAUCAUAGCUACUUUUCUAAAUGUAAACUCUGCUUCCUGCUUUCAUGCUGUAUAACAGUUGGUUGUAAGAAAUAUCUUCAAAAGCAUUUGGCUGAAUAUUAUUAAAUGUACAAAUGUUGAAAUCUCAUUUCAUCAAACAGACAAUUCAUAGAAAAUUUAUUUAAUGCACUUCAAUUUUUCAAUAGCACCAACAGAGCUCUCAUGGUUUUGCUCUCUUUCUCUCUCCUCUCUCUAAGCCUCUUUGUUUAAGUACAUACAAGUCUAUGCAGCCACACAUGCGCACACAUAUCUUUUGAUGUGUGUAUGUACAUGUGUACUUUUUAUAUGUAUAUGUUCUGUGUGAGUUUAUGUGUAUUUAUUUCUUUAUAUUUUUGGAACCUCUCCAAUAAUGUAGCAGGCUAUUCUUUAAGGUAACCUAUUUGGUAUUUAGGCAACAAUAUUCCUGUAAAUUAACAUGUUGAACUUCAAGUAAUGACUUACCUGUAUUUACUAACCUGCUCAUAGAUUGAAGUUUAUUAUGAUUAUUAUUAUAUUAGUGGUAUUUUGUCUGUCUUUAUGUUGAGUUUAAAUUCCACCGAGGUCAACUUUGCCUUUCAUCCUUUCAGGGUUGAUAAAUUAAGUACCAGUGAAACUCUGGGGUCAAUGUAAUCGACAAUCCCCUCCUCAAAAUUUCAGGCGUUGUGCCUAGAGUAGAAAGGAUUAUUAUUAUUAUUAUUUGUCUGGGACUUAUAGUGUUUGAAGGUUACUACCCAAACAUUUGGUCACAUACUAAGUUCUAUAUGUAUGGGUACAGACUAUCAGCCAUAGGCUCUGAAGCAUAAUUUUUCAUUCUUCGUUUCUCUCUCUCUCACUGAAUUCAUUUUGUAUUUUCAUAUUUAUCACUGACCACCUGACUUCUAUACCUCUACAGGUUUUUCUAUUUUAGUUUACUACAUCAGACUCAGAUGUGCUUAUGUUUUGUAGAAGCCUUGAUUAAAACAUUCCACUGUGUCUGCGUGUGUGUGUGUAUAUAUACACACACACAUGGCUGUCAGUAAGAAUAUACAUUAACAUAGCUGUGUGGUAAGCAAGUUCACUUCAUACAUGUAUGGUUUUGAGCUCAUGGUACCUUUGGCAAGUGUCUUCUAUUAUAGCCUUAGUUUGACUAAUGUUUUGUAAGUAAAACUUGGACAAUAACACUGGAACAUUAUACAGUGCUGCAGCUAGCUGGAUCCUGUCAAACUGUCUAACUUGUGUCUGCAUAGAAACAGAUGUUAAAGGAUGAGGAUGUAAAGGUUUGUGUGCUUUUCUCUACCUGUAUUUACAUUGAUGUUCUUUGAUUAGUGGUGGUAUUUUUUUAUGUCCAGCAUUAACAACUCAAUGGUUUAACAUAUGGAGACCACAAAGCAUUUUACUUGGAAAAAAAGUAAGGGUUAGCAUCAGGAAAGGCAUCUGACCAUAGAAUAUUACUUUAAGAAGCCUCGUCUUUCUCUUAGCAUAGAAGAAAGCAACCGUAAACAUAAUGAUGAUGAUGAUGAAUAUCAUCAUAAUGAUAUAUAUGAUUAAAGAUUCACUCUGAAGUAAUUUGUAUUGAAGUGGAAGUAGUUUUCAUUUCUGUUAAGUAGAGUGGAAUAAUGUUAGUUUGAGUGGGUGUUAGUCACUAUUUGUAGUUUCUCAUUUCCAUUCCUCAGUUGCCUGAGGAACAUGAACAAGAAACUUAGAGUAAUGAUGUGAUAACUGAAGUUUGAAUAAAUGUUGUGUGUAUGUGUGUGUAAAAGUCCAACACACUCCAAUCUGUGGACUACAGACAUACUGUCUCCUCACUUUGCCCUUCUGCAAUUGCUACUAAGUGGCUUCUCCACCUCAGACAUGGCUGGUCCCAUACUUCCUUUAACUCCUGGUCACCCCCUCCCCUUUUUACCCAUGUUGUGAUCUCUCCCAUUCAACUAGUCAUUCCCCUGUCAGAAUGUUGCCCAUUUGAAAUUGCUCCCUGCCAAUGUUUUUCCUGCAGCUGUUCAAGUAAAACGCCAGUGUGUGUAUAACUUGACAUUGUGGGUAUAUAUAUAUAUAUAUGUGCGUGUGUGUGCACUGGUGUCUAUAGUAUGCAACAUGAUAAUGAUUGCUGUGUAGGCUAAGAAAUAAAUUCAAGCUUUUUUUUCAAUAAGGAUUGAAUCUUAUUAAUCUGUCUCUUUUUCAUGCAUGUGUGUAGCUAUUCUCAUUAUAUGUAUGUAUGUGUAUUUAUAGGCAGAAAAUGUUUGAAUCGUCAAGUUUUUGUGAUAGUAAUUUCAGUACAUUCCUUUUUAUUUGAAUUAACGAACCAAAAAUAAGAUCAGUAGACAUAACAAAUGCAUGCUGUUUAACAGCUGUGAAAUAAAAUGAUGUACAAUUAAAAAUUUGCAUUGAAUUGUCUUUUCUAUGAAAUAUGAUUCAAUCAUUUGGUUUUUUUUUUUUUUUUGUUAUAUUCAGAAAAAAAAAUUUCAGUUUAUAUUUCUGGAUACUGUUUCCACUGAAGCUCUAGAAACUGUUGAAUGUUUUUUAUUAUUAAUAUUUUUGGUUUUGUGUUUUUUUUUCUGCAGACAGUGGAAUCAUAGGACAUACAAAACAUGCUGUGGAUAUGUAAAUCAUAUCAGGUAUCUCGUAACUUUAUAUUUAAAGAACCAUAGUUAUGGGAUGUAGAUACUUUUUUUCUUAAUAUUUUAGUUUAUGAGGAAUUUUUACACCAAUCUUGAAUUAUGGGAGCACAGUAGAAAACCGAAUCCAUGACGCUUCCAGUUGACCAGCACUGUCCCAUCAGCUUGCCAAAACUUGAUAAUAUGCUAUAUUUUGGACAGCACAUUCCACUUUACCCACUAAAGCAUGGAGUGACAUUCAGAAAUGUAUAAAAGUAAAAAUGGAAGUGCAUGUAAUGUCAUUAGGUGUAAGAGUUCGUGUGAGCUAAACAUUAGUCUGUUGACUCAACAAGUUGUCUUUUUCUGGCAUGCACUGGUGACUUCGCCUACACAUUGUAGAAGUUAUGGUAUCUAAUGCAUAUGGAUGAAAUGCAACAUCCAACCAUCUUAUUUACUGGAAUAAUGCUUAAUAUUGAUAUCUGGAUGUGAUGCAUUACUGUGUGGGCCGCAUGUUAUACUAGUGAGGACCUGAAGUUAACCAAAGAAUUUGUUUGAAACAUUUUUGUGAUAUACAUAAGGAUGGUAGAUUUAUAACCAGUGGAUGAAUAUAAAAAAAAUUUUUUUGCAGUAAGAAUUUAAAUGAGAUUGAGUAAAUUUUUACAUUUGUUGACUAGAUUUCUAUCUUUUUUUUUUUAUUUCUUAUUUUAAAAACAUAAUUUCAAAGUAAAAAAAUUCCUAUAAAAAUUGUUGAUCUUCAAUAAAGGAAAGAAUGAGAACGAUUGUAAUUUGUCACAUGCUUAAUUUGAAUCCAAUGAAUGAGCUGUAUGUAAAUGAGAUAAGAAUUAUGGAUGUCAGGUUCUGACAACAAAAUUAUGAUACUAUUCUAGUCCUAUCAGGGGUUGGGCUUCAGCCUGUACUUUGGUUUGGGGCUUGGAGAACCAAGGAGGGGCCUGCUGAGCCUUUCCCUUAAAAAAAAAAAAUUCACAGCUUCCUUGAAUUUUGAAAAUAUCCCCUCUCUUCCUCACCUUGUCUGGGGCCCAAAGCAGUCUUCUUCCACCUUGCCAAAUUUCUGUCUGAGGUUCUGCUACUAUAUAUAGUCAUAUAGUAAUGAUGAUUGUAAUAGAUGUUGUUAAUGAUCAAUAGUGAUAGCUAAAGUUAUAACCAACUUAGGGGAAAUAUCCAGGGACUUGACUCAGUGAAAUCAUCUGAACCAUAAUAUGAAUAAAAAGAACAAAAAAACCCCCAAACAAAUCGAAAAUGAUCAUGGCGAUUCAAACUACCAAAUAUAUCUUAAAAUAUUUUUUUCAAAUAGUAGAAUUGUAGUUUAAUUACUAUUAUACUACUAUUUGUAUUUUUUUUUAAUCGUUUGAGUUUUAUUUAUUUAAUUUUUUUUUGUUUUUGUUUUUUGUUUUUCACCUUGAGAAAGCUAGUCAAAUAGAUUACUUUUAAUUUCAGAAUUCAU